AUGGUGUAUCCUGCCAAGCUGCGAUUAGCGAUGCUCGUGCUACUGCUGUGGACGGUAGCGAUGACCAGUGCCAGAACGCUGCCCAGUCGAAGCAAACAAGUGAAAGUGUACAGCUACGUGUUGCCUGCCGGGGCCGAGGAGAUACGUGACGACAUUAAUCACUCGUUUGCGUGCGGCAACCGUAGCGAUGGGUUCUACGUCGACAUCGACAACGACUGCCAGAUUUUCCAUCGCUGCCAAGACAAAGCCCGGUUCAGUUUUAUCUGCGCCGAGCGAACCGUGUUCAGCCAGAUGUAUCAAACGUGCGUUCACGAUGGCCAGCUGGGCUAUCCGUGCGAGGACUCCGCGCAGUAUUACCCGGAGGGCGAAGGUUACGAACCGACGGGAGCCGAGUCGGAGCCUGCGAAGCAGACUUUUCAGCCAGAGCAGCAGCCAGACGCCUCGCCGCAGGAACAAGAAGGAACUCCUCAAGCGCCAUCAAAAUCUUCGGAAAUCUCGAAACCCCAGACUACCGGUGUUCAAGAUGAUGUUCCAAUGACCGAUACGAUGCAGAAUGCGGUUCGACCUCCAAUGGUCGUGACGGAUGACGAAUACCGGCCCGCGGAUCAACCCGCUUAUCAGCAAGUGAGUGCGGAUCUGUUUGACUCGGUAGAGGAGGAAGACUCGGACGUACCGUCGGAGAAUUCCGCUCAAGAGAUAAUGGACGAACCGGAACCGGCGGCAGCCGGAUCGUUGGACACUGAAGAGGGCCCCGGCUCCGUUCAGACCACAAGCGGCGAGGAUACGCAAGAGGUUGAAGUAAUGGACGACCCCACGCCACAGGUGCCGACCCUUGUCUCGGAACCAUCCACGGUGCCCAUGGAUGUCACUGCUAACGUGGAAGUGGAAAGCUCUCCCGCGGAUGACACAAACAUCACUGACGGCGUCGAAUCAACUCCAUACGAAGCGGAAGUUUCACCACCAGGUGUGCCACAUCUGGCUGCCGCCUCGCUUCUGAAUGCGGUCCAAACGGUGGAGGAACUGGAACCGAUCGUCCAUGAUCUGGGCGUAGAAGAGAACGAAAAAGUUCCACCCCAGCUUUCUACCGCAGAUGGCCAGGCAGAAAUUGCAAUGCCCACCAGUGACGCUGCCGUGGAACACAACGAAGUUCUGCCCGAAAUGGGUACACCCGUGGCCAAUAUGGUAGCAGCACCAACGGCCGAUACCAUCGGUGAGCACGUGAUUCCAGUGGCGAUACUGUUCGACAGUGACGUGGUAAGCAGCGAGAAGGUUAGUGACCUGUCGCCAGAACCGUUGAGCAGUGCGGAAAAGAUCGGUGAAUCAUCCGAACCGGAAGCCGUCGUGAGCGGCGACGAACUGAUACCCGUAUUUACUCCACCGGAAGUGGCUGACGUCAAACCGGAGGUGGUACACGGCAGCGAGCUACCCGUUAAUAAUGCGGAAGAAAUGUCAGCAAAUGACCUGAAAGCUCCGCAACUGCCAGAACGACCACUGGAAAGUCCUGCCAUUGCCGAAGAGAUGCUGCCACAGCGAUCACACGGCGACCUUCCGGAGCUGAUCGUGUCGACCGAGUUCCAUCUGGACUCCGUCACCAAGCGGGCGCCGAUUCGACGAAGGAAAACGUUCCUUUUCCGGGCUGACGCCAUUCGGGCGAAGUAG